AUGGCUGCUUUUUCGGAUGCGGACAGCACCAUCGUUCUGCGCCACCGGCCGGACGAGUGCUUCCGAAAGUGUUUUCACCUGGAGUCGGCGCGGCGGGUCUUUGCUCGUUGGCGCUACCUGAUUCUCGGGCAGCCCAUCUCGGGAGACAACGGCCUCACCACCAAUUGGGCAACAUACACCGACAUCAUUGCCGCUGGCUUCAUUUUGGACCCAAAGGACAUCACAAAGGGCACCAAAUGCAUCCUGCCGCGGGAGAAAUGGGCAUCUCUGCCGCUGGAGCUACAGCCUCCCGUGGAGCAACGGCAAGGCGGCUUCGAGGACUCAGGCGAAAUUGGUUACAUGAAGCCUCUGAAGGGCUUCAAGACGUGUCGCACUGGUUGCAAAGGCGAGCCAAAUCGAGAGCCAGAAGUGUGUGACAAGCGCUGGCACGUCUUCAGCGGCAUGGAGUUCCAGCCUGGCAUCUUCGAGAGCAACGAGGGUGUCAAGGUCUACCGUGAGAAGCGGCCGGCAAAGGCGCCCGAGGAAGCUGCAAGCCAGCCAGUGAGUGAGAAAGCAUGA